UGACAGCAUGCAGGAAGUGUGAAGGGGCUCGGGUUCCUUCAACCUCCCUUCUGAUGUUGCUGAAAAGCGAAACGUUUCACAUCCUGCUCUGUGUUCCUCUGAGGCUGUUUUGAGUUUUCACGGCCUCAGUAAAGCGAGCAAAGCACUAAGUUGCUGCGAUAUUAAACCGACACCGUAUGGACGUAAACAGCUGGGAUGAGUUCAUUGUGAAAGUUCAGUGUAAAGCACACUGUAGGCAACGGGGUCAAAGGAGGGAAGGUAGGCACACUCAGCUAGAGCUUCAGCUGCACUGAUGGAGCGGUUCCACUGGUUGCAGCAUCGCUGUCAACAACUGCUGGCAGGAGACUCUGGGCAAGGCUGGUACUCUGUGCCUGAUGGACUGCCAAACAAAAGCUCCCUGGACACUCACAACUCCCAGCGCAGAUUCAAAGGGAAGCGAAGAACGGUGUUCGCCUGCCAAGGGCCCCACCAACAAGAAUUCAAAGCUGUAUCAAAAAACUACAAAGGAAAUGCAAUUCGCACUACUAAAUACAGCUUGCUGACUUUCAUCCCCAUGAACCUGUUCCAGCAGUUUCACAGGGCUGCCAACCUCUAUUUCCUUUUCCUGACAUUGCUCAACUGGGUGCCAGUUGUUGAAGCAUUUCAGAAGGAAAUUACUAUGAUUCCUUUGCUGGUGGUUCUCAGUGUUAUUGCCAUCAAAGAUGCCCUGGAAGACUACAGGCGGCACUUGUUUGACAAAAAGGUCAACAACAGUGUUGUACAAGUGUUCUGUGGCACACAGAAAACCUAUGUUGACAAGUGCUGGAUGGAUGUGCGAGUUGGAGACUUUGUCCGUUUGUCCUGUAAUGAAAUCAUCCCUGCUGACAUGCUGCUGCUGUAUUCCUCUGACCCUCGUGGAGUUUGUUACAUUGAAACUGCCAAUUUGGAUGGAGAAACCAACCUGAAACAGAGAGAGGUAGUUUCAGGCCUCCCUCUACAGGGAGUAGAGUUCACCCCUGAAAGCUUCUGCAGUCGCAUUGAGUGUGAAAACCCCAAGAAUGACCUCAGCAGGUUCAGAGGUUACAUAGAGCAUUCCAGUGGAGUUCGCAUUGGCCUCCAGAGCAGCAACCUCCUGCUUAGGAGCUGUACCAUUCGCAACACUGAGACUGUAAUAGGCAUUGUGGUUUAUGCUGGUCAUGAGACUAAAGCUAUGAUGAACAACAGUGGGCCGAGGUAUAAGCGUAGCCAGCUGGAAAAGCGUCUGAACAUGGACAUCCUAUGGUGUGUGGUCCUCCUCAUCAUCAUGUGUCUGAGUGCUGCUAUAGGUCAUGGCCUCUGGCUGAAGAACCUCAAUGACCCUGUCUUUCAGGUUGAUGAUGAGACAUCUCCUGCUUUGGCUGGAUUUUAUGUGUUCUGGACUAUGAUCAUUGUGCUGCAGGUGCUGAUCCCCAUUUCUCUGUACGUGUCCAUUGAGGUUGUGAAACUGGGUCAAAUCUAUUUCAUUCACAAUGAUUUAGCCCUGUACAAUGAACAACUGGACUCCAGGAUCCAGUGCCGGGCCCUCAACAUCACUGAAGACCUGGGUCAGAUCCAGUACCUGUUCUCUGAUAAGACAGGAACAUUAACAGAGAAUAAGAUGGUGUUUCGCCGCUGCAGUAUCUAUGGGGUUGAAUAUCCUCAUGAGGAAAACGGUCGGAGGCUGGAGGUGUAUGAGGCAGAGAAGAAUGAAGCAGCUGGUCAAUCUGUCACUCUGAAGUCAGGCUGCAGUGGAAAAUCUCUGAGCUAUCGCUCCCUUAGCUGCAACCGCAGUUCUGUGUCUCUACACACACUCACUGCUGAGUCAGCAGAGGAGGAUGACCAAGUGUCCAGUCAUGUCCAGCCCAGGACCAAUGCCUUCUGCAGCCGCAUGACAAAGGAAGUGGUACCAGACCCUCAGCUGGUGAGGAAAUUGAAAUUGCUUUGCUCUCCUGUGGUUCACUUGAGUGACUGCUCAUCUGGGAACACUUCCACCCUGGAGCUUAGCUACAUCACUGACUUCUUCCUGGCUCUGGCGAUCUGUAAUACUGUGGUAGUCUCUUCGCCUAGCCAGUCUCCACAUGAGGCGUCUGAAAUACGAACACCUCUCAAGUCCUUGGAGGAAAUUAAGCAGAUGUUCCAGCGCUUCAGCUUCGCUCCUUUCUCAGCCCUCACCUCCCACUCCCCUCCUCAGAUCAAAGACAGCCCUCAAAGCCGUGCCAGCAGGCUGUUUACACGAGAGGAAACUGGCUCCCUCACUUUCUCUACACCCCCUAAGAACUCCACGGACAGGUCAGACACAGGCCAAGAAAGCAAACGUGAAGCUGCCAGCCUUAAGGGUGAGCUGGACUCAUCUGACAGAAGGGAGAGAGAAGAUGUUGUACAGAUGGAGGAUAAUUAUAGGGACACAAAAACAAACCCUGACAUGGCUGGGCAGGGUGUGGAAAACCUGAACAGAGAAAUGGACUCUGACGGUGACACUCAUAGUGAACUGCUGUAUGAAGCGGAGAGUCCUGAUGAGGCAGCUUUGGUCCAUGCAGCCCAGGCAUAUUGUUGCACCCUGAGGUGCCGCACUGCAGAGAGCCUGCUGGUGGAUCUGCCAGGACUUGGCUCUCUGGCUGUCCCAUUGCUACACAUUUUGCCUUUUGACUCUAACAGGAAGAGGAUGUCAGUGGUAGUCCGCCACCCACUAACAGGACAGGUAGUGGUUUACACCAAGGGAGCGGACUCUGUAAUCAUGGACCUGGCUGAGACUCCUAAGGGUGCAGAGCAUGCUCAGGAGAUCUACAGUCACAUCAGAGAACAAACCCAAAAACAUCUGGAUUCCUAUGCCAGAGAAGGUCUCCGCACACUCUGCAUCGCUAAAAAGUGUCUAGAUGAGGAAGAGUAUGAUGUGUGGUUGAAAGACCAGCUGCUGGCAGAGAGCAGCAUAGAGAACAGAGAGGAGCUGCUCCUGGCGUCAGCUGAGAGAUUGGAAACUAACCUCACUCUACUGGGUACCACAGGGAUUGUUGACAGGCUGCAGGAGGAAGUCCCAGAGACCAUUGAAACUCUUCAGAGGGCUGGGAUUAAAGUCUGGGUUCUCACUGGAGACAAACAAGAGACUGCCAUCAACAUCGCCUAUGCCUGCAAACUUCUCCAUGCCAAUGACCAAUUGCUGACAGCCAACUGUGGAAGCAAGAAUGCAUGUGCAGCUUUACUUGAGGAGCUCAAACUGGAAGUCCAGUGUGGUGAAGGUAGUAUGACUGACCUGACUGCAAGAGUGGAAUCCUCCUUAGGCAGUGUGGCUGGAUUUAUUCUGGUCAUAGAUGGCCGGACUCUUAACUGGGCCCUGCAGGAGGAGUUGAAGAGCAAUUUUCUGGAGCUGACCUGUAGAUGCAAGGCAGUCAUUUGCUGCCGGUCCACUCCACUGCAGAAGAGCCAAGUUGUUCAGCUUAUCCGGGACCAGCUUGGUGUCAUGACCCUCGCUGUGGGUGAUGGAGCCAAUGAUGUAAGCAUGAUUCAGGUGGCAGAUGUGGGCAUUGGGAUAUCUGGACAGGAGGGAAUGCAGGCUGUCAUGUCCAGCGACUUUGCCAUUUCCAGGUUUAAACACCUUAGUAAGCUGCUGCUGGUUCACGGACACUGGUGUUACUCUCGUCUUGCAAACAUGAUCCUCUACUUUAUCUACAAAAAUGUGAUGUAUGUGAAUCUUCUAUUCUGGUAUCAGUUUUUCUGUGGUUUCUCUGGGAGUGUCAUGACCAACUCUUGGGUGCUCAUCUUCUUCAACCUGAUCUUCACUUCCAUUCCUCCCCUCAUCUAUGGCAUCCUUGACCAAGAUACACCUGCAGACACUCUGAUGGAGCAGCCUGAGCUCUACCAGGCUGCACACACUUCAAAGGUCUAUGUUCCUAAUAUGUUCUGGAUCACAGUCCUGGAUGCUUUUUACCAAAGCCUUGUUUGCUUCUUCGUGCCUUACUUUGCAUUUGCAGGAUCAGACGUUGGAGAGUUGUCCUUUGGUUCGCCAAUCAAUACCUCAGCACUCCUCAUCAUUCUGCUGCACCAAGUCAUCGAGAGUAAAACUCUGACAUGGAUUCAUAUACUCGUGUUGGUGCUCAGCGGCAGUUCCUACUUUGGCUUUGUGCUGCUCUUUAGUGUGUUGUGUGUGACGUGCAGUCCCCCUACCAACCCACUGGGAGUAGAAACACUCCAGAUGUCCCAGCCUCUCUUCUACAUCAUAUGUAUCCUCACUAUUGUGAUGGCGCUGCUACCCAGGCUAUUGUUGCGAGCGCUACACAACACCUUACACCCCUCUGCUGUGUUGAAAUCAGAUCAGAUGGACAGAAUGAAUGCAGAAAAGUACAGCAGGAGAAUGCUCUGCUGGACCAGAAGCCACUCAAGAGGCAACAGACUGUCGGUGUGUGCUGACAACGCUGGCCUGGAGCCCAGCGUGGCCGAAGUGGUGUCUUGACCUCCCUACAGACACACACACACACACACACACACACACACACACACACACACACACACACACACACAUACACACAGGCAGCGAGAUGCACUCCAGACGUAUACAAGUGUAUGACCUGGCCAGGGAGAGAAAGACCUGAGGGUUAAGAAAAUUGCUGACAUUUAUGCUGGAUUAAGUGUGUCGCUGGCAGAAAGGAUUUUCUUGAUGCAAAAAAGGGUUCCUUUUCUGUCGCACUACUCCACAGCUUUAUAAAUUCUGCUGAAAUACUGCUCAUUUUGUUACACGUAAACAAUCAAAGAACUGUAAGAAUAAAUUGCUGUGAAGAAUACAAUGUUUUAACUGGACAACUAUUAUUUAUGGAAUAAAACAGACUGAGGUGUAUCUGCUGAAAUAGCUCACCAAGGAUUUUUGGGAGCAAUAGCUUUGAAACCUGAACAUCAUCUAAAACAGUGAAAAGGACCAGUUAUUGUAAUCUCUAGCUGUGUUGUUAAUACUGUGACUCCUGAAAAGUAACUGUGAAUGAUUCACAGUUCAAGGCAUCCUUUUAUCUUGUACUGGCCCAUUAUGCAUCCUCUAUAAUGAGGAGCUUUGGCUCAUAUCUCUUUAAGGACCUAUUCUCUAAAAGCUCACCUUCUUCUCAGUGGUGAACUUCCACAAGCCAGCACACAGUGCUUGUGAGCUGUGCUACUUGAGCUGUGCUUAGGGCAGAUGACCAUGUAAACAAAUCCAUAGUGAGCAUGAAGGAAAGGCAUAGUAGGUCCCCUUUAAAGACGUUAUAUGUAUCAUUUUAACAUUAUAAAACCAUCAACUCUUUACUAUUUUGACAUUAGUCCUAAUAGAAGAAACACCAGCCUCUGCCAGACUCCAGCUUGUGCAACAGUGUCCAUUGUGAUUUCCAUUGGGAAAUCUGCUGGAUUGUACACCAGCAAGGCUACAUGGACACAGCAGGUGAAAGUGAUCAAAUCAGAUUUUGUUUCCCAUGUAUGAUUUGGUUUUCAAUCAUAAUUUAUGGGAAGUGAUACGCAGUUGUCAUAGUGAUAGUGGAUUCAGGAAAAGAGACUAGAGUUACUAUCUACUCUUAUGAUAUUUUUUUGGAAAUCCCAUGCAGUGUGAAAGUAGCUAAAGAGACUUCUUGGAGACACAAACAGGAAAGAGUUGUUGUUCUUCCAACACAAAUAAGGUGAGCAGGAUCAGAAUGUAAUUAUUACUCCAAUAGAUGCAUAACGGACCGGUAUCACUUGUGUGUGUGUGAUCAUUAGUUAAUGUUAACUACAGAAUACCAAGUUACUUUCACUCUGUCAUGUUGUGGUGUAUUUAACUCUGGUAUCUUUUUAAUCUUUACACAGUGUGAUGAUGAACAAAGACAACUGUAUGCUGCUGGGAAUGUGUUUACAGACCUGUAAGCUGUGGGUGGUGCACAAAGACAGAUCAUACCAUGAGUGGCCCGUUUUUGUUUACCUGCUCAGAUGCUGUCUUUGCAGUGGUAGUAGCGGCUUGUGUAAAUGAAGGAUUAAUCAGAGUCACACUGACUUAAGUUUGGACCAGUCUGUUUAUUUAUUUUUGCACUUAUAUUGCUGUAAUCAACAUUCAACAUGGGACUCAACUAGCAUCUAUACUAGAAAGACAUGACUGUAAAAUAGAACAAAAACUGACACCGUGGUGUUUCUCAAGGUAGAUUAAUGCAUCUGUAUGAGCCAUACUUCAUUCGCAGACCUCCACCAACAUGAAUGCACAUAGACCAGCUUAAAUCAAAAUUGAAAGGUAAUUCUGUUCAUUUCCCCCCAUUUGUAGUAUUUGUCAAGCUCACUGUUUUUGUAUUGCUGAUGUUUCAGCCUGUGAUUUACUUAUCCAUCCUGUAGUUUAAACUGUGUUUAAAAUUUAAUAAGAUUGCAACAUAUGCACUAAAUGUACAGUGAGUAACAGACAGUUGUGUUCGUAUAUGAGUGGAUGGAUGCCUGGAAUUGUAAUACAUUUAGUGUAUUUUGGUAAUUAAAGAGUUCAGACUGCAAUACCUUGCAUGACAGUCCAUACACCAUUAAUGUCUAUGUGUACUUUCUCCAUCAAGGUGGACAAGCACUCUAUUAGUGCAGAAAAUUUGGUAAAAUAAUAUUUUUUAAUAUUGUAAUAAUUCUAUUCAUACUGGUUGUGUUAUUGUUAUUAAUGAAAUUUAAUAAAGUUCCACUUAUUUUCCUUUCACUGCUGUCCAGACAACAAAUGUGUUUAUAUCCAAUAUUCUGUUUGUCAUAGUUAUAUCCAGGUGAUAUGUUCAUGGUGGAUUUUUGUGUUGUAAUAAUUUGCAUAACAGUAUCAUCUUGGUUUGUGAAUAGGACAGCUGAAUUAAACAAAAAAAAAAAAAAUACUCAUUUAGUCCUGAUAAGCCCUAUAAUUCAAAUUUUAUUUUGUUUUCACUGAUACAGGAUGGAGAAGAAAAGUUGUGUCAGGUGUCCCAGCUGUCUCAAUGCACAUCACAUUUUGACCUUUCUACUCCUUACAAGCCUUACAAAUUAAACUGCAGUCCACAGCAGUCACUGAUGACAAUUUAUAUACCAUGUAAUAAUUCAGUUGUUUCAAUGAAUGUGACUGAACUGUUUCAGGUAUUGCAAUAAACAGAUUGUUGUUCAGA